AUGCUCACUGAAGAGUGGCUCCAGUUUGAAGGCGAAACUCAAGAUGUUUGUGGAUUUAUUUCCAUUUUCACAAAUUUGUUCCUAAUAUAUUUGAUUUUGAAAAGAUCUCCUGAUGCUCUUGGAUUAUAUAAAUGGCUCAUGAUGUACACAAGCAUUUUUGAACUGACCUACUCUUUUGUGAACCUAUUCGCUGGCUGUUCAGUUCGAACAUUUGGUUCAGCAUUUAUUGUGUUCCGAAAAGAUCAACAUUUCCAUUUGAUUUCUCAAUUUAUGGCUGUCAAUUACUGUUCAUUCUUUGGAUUUUCUUUGGCAAUUAUUGCCUGCCAUUUCAUCUAUCGUUAUGGUACAGUUGAACUAGAAUUCCACAAAAAAUAUAUUUCUGGGUCCAAGCAUUUACUGUUGUACAUUGGACCAAUAUCAAUCGGAAUCAUUUGGGGGAUUGUUUGUUCGGUUUAUUGUGGGGAAACACCUGAAAGAUCUGACUACUUGAGGAAAAAUAUGAUGGAUAAUUACCGCUUAAGAAUUGAAGACGUUGGGUACAUCAGUGCUAAUUAUUGGCCAAUGGGGAAAAAUGGAACAGUGAGACCAGAUUUCGACUCAUUUUUCGGAACUUUUUUGAUGUGGAUUAUUGUGGGAGCAUCUAUUGGCAGCGUCCUCUACUUCGGAAUUGGAUGUUAUCGUUGGAUAUCACACCAAUUGAAAAUUGUCGAAACCCAAUCGAACACUGUGAAAUCCCUUCAAAAACAAUUAUUUUAUGCACUUGUAGUACAAUCAGCAAUUCCAAGUGUUCUCAUGUACUUCCCUAUCAGCAUGGCAUUCAUUUUUCCAAUGCUAAACAUUGAAUUAAACCUCAAAUAUCCAUUUAUUGGACUAACAAUCGCUGUUUAUCCAGCUAUUGAUCCACUUCCUUCUCUCUUGAUCAUUAGAAGUUAUCGGGAAGGAUGCAAUGAUAUUUUCCGAAAAUUGAUGUUUUGGAAAAAUAAUUAUCAAGUUGCAGUUGUCAGAUGCCAAACACUUUUGAAUAGUUUUGCAAUUACUGUGUAG